AUGAAAUCAUUAAACUUUGGUAUUCUUGGUCAUGUUGAUAGUGGUAAGACAACUCUUUCUAAAGUGUUAUCAGAGAUAGGAUCAACUGCUGCGUUUGAUAAACAUGCUAAAAAUCCAAAUAUCCGUGCUAAUACUAUUGAUUUAGGAUUUUCUUCUUUAAUUGUAUCAGAGAAUAGGAUAUGCCUUUUAGAUUGUCCUGGGCAUGCUUCUUUAAUUAAAACAGUCCUCUCUGCUGCGUCAAUUUUUGAUGGUGCAAUUAUUGUGAUAAAUGCUACUAAAGUUAAUAAAAUUGAUUUGGUUGAGGAAGAGAAAUGGAAAAAUACUAUUAAAAAAUUACCAUUAUUAUUGAAAAAAUUAGGUAUAUCAGAGAGUACUCAAAUUAUAGGAAUGUCAUUGAAAGAUAUUAAUAAUGUUGGUGUUACACCUAUAAUAGAAAGUUUAAAAAAAAUUAUUUAUAAUCCAAUACGUGACAUAAAAAGUUCUUUUUUAAUGUAUGCUGAUCAUUGUUUUUCAAUCAAAGGCAAAGGUGAUAUAAUCACUGGUACAAUAAUUUCAGGAGUAAUAAAAAUUGGAAUCCAAUCAUGGAAAGUUCCUGUUAAAGAGGGUUUAGCUGGUGAGAGGGUAGCAUUAUUGGUAUCUUCUCUUGACACAACAUCAUUGUCAAGAUUUAUUGUUUGUGAAAAAAAUGUUGUAAGAAAAGUUUCAAAGAUACUUGUUAAUGUUAGAAGAAUUGAACAGUUUAAAAGUAAUAUAAAUAGUAGAGGAAAAAUUCAUUUGUUUGUUGGAUUUGAAAUGGUUAUGGUUGAAUGUUUAUUUUUAAAAAGUGAUGGAAAUGAUUAUGAGUUACAGGAUAAAUUGGAAUCAUCUACUACACAUGCAAUCUUAAAAUUAAACAAUUCAAUAUUUGUUGGAGAUAAAUUAUUUUACAUGACAGCUAAACUUGACAUUCAAGAUACUCAUGCAUGUAGAUUUGCUUUUUAUGGAAAUAUUGAAAAAAUUCUUGAUACAGAUAAUGAUAUACUAUUAUACAAGUGUAAACAAAAAGAGGGAACUGUUGAUAGAAUUGAAAAUGAUAAUACAAUUAUCUGUAAAGAUAUGUUUAAAAAAGAAACAAAAAUUGAAACAUUUUUAAAUAUGUCUGUUAUUUUUGAUAAUGGUAUUGAAGGUAAAAUAGAGAGUACAUUUGGUAAAACGGGUAAAUUUAAAGUUAUUUCAAAAAACCCAUUAUCAAAUGAUGAUAUUGGUAAGAUGAAAAAAGCAAAAAUUUAUUUAUAUAUGAAAAAAUAUCUUCAUAAUCAAUCACUUAAAUCUUACAUUCCAUUGAGAAUUGAACAGUAUGAUGAAAAAGAUUAA